AUGGUAGUGAAAAAAGAAAUCAUAGUCCUUCAGAAGCUUAAUCCAGUGGCCCUGCCUCGAAUUAAGGUCUCUCUGGCUCAUAAUGUACUGAAGGCUCCUGUGAUCAGUGCAAAGCUUGCAUGGAACUCUAUACAGCUUAUGGCUGCUAUGGAGCCGGAUCCACCUCCGGACCUCCAAAAAUUUCCUUCAAAAGAUGGAGUGGUAGAUAUCGACGAGACGAAUCCAACGCAAAAGGAAUCGUCUCAAUCCGACAUCCGAAGCUCCGGGAAUGUUGAAAAAACAGCCGCGAUUACUGUUCAUCUUCUCCAAGAACAUGCUGCCGUUGAUCGAGAAAUCGAUUUUAAUUCAAAUUCUGUGAUUUGUUUUGAAAAAACACCAAUUGGGGAUGUUAGAGAAACAUCUAAUCUACAACAUAUCAGAAAUUCAAGUGAUUUCACCGUGGCAAUUGAGAGAAACGAAGCUGCGACUGUUCAGGGAAAUUCUGGCGAAUCGCCAGCCAAUCGGACUGCGAUUUGGACGUCUUACGGCGACAUUCGAGAUGGCGCACCACCUGGGUUUUGUAACCCACCUCGAGGCGCCCCUCAUACUAAAAGCCCAACUCCAUUGGACGACGGUGGCGCCGGCGAUACACUGUCGAAUUCCGACGUCGGAGUUCCGGCGACAUUCGAGCUUCCAGACCAAUGCCAUCUUGUAGAGGAGCUCAAUACGAGUACAAUCAUACAAAAAUCGCCACCAUCCUCUAAGUCAAACUUGUCGAAUAUCAAUUCGAAUAAUUCCGGCGGUGAGGCGAUUUCAGGCAGUGGCGGCGCCGCCGCAAGUGAUGGUGAAAACUCGAAAUUGUCAGUGGGUUUUGUGGAUGAUCAUACAAGGAACACCAUUAACCAAAAAGCCCCGUCAUCCACAACUCCUAACACUUUGAAUUUGGAAAUUAGGGUUGCACCACCACCUGCCGGAGGCGGCGCAGCGGCGGAGCCCCAAACUCAAAAUUGGCAAUGCCAAACUGCUCAACACAAUGAGGGGAGUCCACCAAUGCAAAAAGCCCCAUCAGGUAUGCCUCAUUUCAAUUCGAAUUUGACUUUUAGGGUUUCCAAUUUGUCUAGUACUGACACCAGUGGUAGCGCCGGAUCUCCGGCGACCGGAAAAAAUAUUUUUGAAUUGAAUUUUAAUCCCCAGCAUCAAACUAACCCACAAGAACAAAUAUUUUCCAAAAAAGAUCCCUCCAACAAUUCAAACGUCGAUUCUAGUCUUGAUCCUAAAGAAAAAACCACCGGAACCAUCUUUCCGGUGAACGCCCAAAAUAAGUCUCAAAGUAAAAGUAACCCUCAUACUCUUAGGAACGAAAUAAACCAAACAACACAAUUUUUAGGCACCUCCAACUCAAAUUCUAAAAUUCCAACUUGUGUCACUAGGGGCGAAAACAGUCUUAUCGUGCCCGAAGCUGUUUUGGUUGAUCGUAUCACCACCUUGGGCAAUCCUAGCACCUCCACUAAUCCUAAACAUACCAACCACCCUCCCGUUUCAGACUUUCCCCCCAUCUCAUCCAAUUUCCAAAAAUUUGACCCAAAAAACUCUAAAAAUCCGAUAGUGUCCUUUACCCCCAGUGCGCUACCUCCUAAGACUAAGUCCCCUAACAACCAACCCACCACCACAAAUCAUCCUCCACCCCCUAUAGCAAAGCAAUCCAUGGCCACAAGACUAAGAGCUAAACAAGCCGAGCAUACAACCAGAAUUGACCUAACACCUCCAAAAAGGGUGACAAAACAAGGUUGUCCAGCUAUCAUGUUUAAGAGAGAAGACUACAUGGUUAAGAUGGCUGAAUCAUGUAAGUAUACUCUCAUAGGCAAGUUCUACAGUCCAAUGCCCAAGAUGGAGGAAGAUGGCAGGACAUCGAAUAUGAAGAUGUCCCCCUUUACUGUACUUACUGCAAACACCAAGGUCAUACUCCUCUUGCUUGCCCCGUCAGCAGAAGAGAUACAGAACGCAACAAGGCCAAAGACAAGGAAGAAGAGCCAAAGAAAGAUGCGUCGCCAAAAAUCACAGCACGAGCAUCAACCAGGUAUUGACUCAAUGCUCCCAAUCCCCCAUGGCUCCCCCAGUAGUUUUAAUGUAUUGAAUGUUUUAACUGCUGCUGCUGAAGUAGUUAACGGAGGUGAGGAUGGUGGGAUUCAGGAGAAGCCAACUAACCUGCAGGAAGGGCAUUCUUCUUCCCAGCAUGUUAAUAAAAGAGAUUCAGUUGAUGCUCAAAAAAUGGCCUCCAAACUGCCCCCUGCUGUGACCAUUGGAUGUGAGACCACAGUUGAUUCUGGAAGGCUUUCAAGUCCUUCUUUGAGAACUGAGCAGCAGCAGUUCAGGAGUGUAGAUGUAGGGGCAAACCAGAGCCAAAAAAUGACUCAACAGGUUGCUCAGAACCUGCAAGUCUUGGGAGGUUCUGCAACUGUUGGCUUGAGGGAAGCUAUACAUGUCCUGGAUGCUACUUCAGCUGCUACUAUGGAAGAAAAUAGGGUGCACAAUAGGGCCAUUCAGAUGCAGAAACAAAGACCUGCAGAUGCUCCUAUUCCCACCAAGAAAAUGACCAAUACUGCAGCCCCCUAUCAGCCUCAAAACUCCCAGGAAAAUAGGGUGCACAAUAAGGCUACCCAGAUGCAGGGAUCAAGACCUGCAGCUGCAGGUUUGGAGCAAAAUUUGCAUGGUUUUGGCCCUAUUUCAGCUUCUACUCUGAAGGAAAAGAGUGUGCAAGUUGUGGCCCCUAAACUAAUAUCAAUUCAGCACAACAGUCAAGGUGUAGAUCACACUGAAAAUGUUGAAAAUGACCAACAUUAUGGUUGCAGUUUCAGCAUUACUUCAAGUGAUCAAACCUCUAGUCUUAGUUCCCACCAAGUGCAACAUUCUAACUCCAAACAAAAAGACAAUGUAACCAUUAGUGGUAUAGAAUUCUCAGCUAGUCCUAGUCCCUAUAACCAGCAAGCUACCUCUAAAACACUACGGAAAAAGAGAACUAGAAAGAAGAAACAAGAAAAGAAGCAAGAAGCUGCAACCCCUACCCCUCCAACCACUGCUGAUACAGGUGGAAAAGAUAACAAUGGUGAGGUGUUUUCAAACUCUUGCUCACAAUAUGUACUCUUAGAUCAAAGCACACCAAUAAGGAGCCCUGAUUUUAGUUGUGAAGACCCUCUUAAUCUUACCCCUUUGAAUAUUCAGCCAGCUCCUUUUACGCAACCUGAAAAUGCCACCAACAUCCUUUGCACUAACAAUGAUGCUCAAACUUCAACUCCUGAUAGUGAUGAUGAAUAUGGGGUUAUUCAUUCGGAGGAUGAAUAUGACCAAGACUUUCAAGGUGAGGUUGAACUUGAGAAUGAAGAAGAGACUGAUGAACAGUCCAAUAGUAUAGCUGCACCAUCCAAGACCACUACUAAGGUCACGAAUGAUGAGAUGAACCAGCUAGCUAAUAAGCAAGGCCUAUCACCUAGAGGCAUUCAUCACAAUCCAAAAUUUACAACUAUUCAUGCUCCUAUUAGCAGACCAAACACUAGGCUCCACAACCUUAGAUCCCAUCAAUGA